CCAAAAUAUUCUCAAUACCACCAAACGAAAUAAGCAUAAAACAAAAGAAACAGCUUUCCCAAGAAUGAAAUUAACCAACCAUAGUGACAUAGCUAGCCGAUGAAGACCAUAACCAUAACCCAAACCCAAACCCCUUCCUUGUACCGCUUAUUCACUUUCCUUGUCCUCACCAAUAACCUUGUGAAAGCCAACAUGUUCAUCUACGCCGGGUGUUCCCAAGGCAACAAGUACCAACCAAACACGCCCUACGAAGCCACCCUCAACUCUCUCCUAUCCUCCAUGGCUACCUCAUCCUCUCAGUCUCUAUACAACAGUUUCGCUCUGGGAAACUAUAGCUCGGGCAACCCGGACGGGUCUGUUUUCGGGUUAUACCAAUGUAGGGGCGAUCUGAAGACGAGGGAGUGCUCAAUAUGCGUUGCUAAAGCCAUAGAAGAGGUGAGUUUGGUGUGCCCUUAUACCCUUGGCGCCACUAUGCAACUGGAGGGGUGUUUUGUGAGAUAUGAGCACUCGGAUUUCAUCGGGAAACUGGACACCAGUCUUAUGUUCAAGCGGUGUGGGUACGAGGACGGGGUUAACGACGCCGAGGAUUUCGUUAAGCGCCGAGACGAGGUUGUUGCGGAUAUUCAGCAAGGCGCCGCCAUGGCGGGGUUUCGGAUCAGUUCGUCCGGGUCGGUCCACGGUCUGGCCCAGUGCUUGGGGGAUCUCAGCGCUUCGGAUUGCUCGGCUUGCUUGUCUGAUGCGGUUGCCAAGAUGAUAAGCUUGUGUAGUCGCUCCGCCACCGCGGCCGAUGUGUUCUUGGCUCAGUGUUAUGCUCGAUAUUGGGUUUCUACCUACUACAAAGCUGCUCCAGAUUCCACUAACGAUGAUGAAGUAGGGAAAACAGUGGCCAUAGUUGUUGGAGUACUGGCCGGUGUUGCCAUUUUCGUUGUUCUUCUAUCGAUUUGCCGAAAAGCUUUAGUAGGUUGACAAAGAGCAAAGUAAUAAGGAACCAAGUUUCAUUAUUUUAAUUUGUUUUCGAUCUUUUCCUUAUAAGGGUUAAUUUAUAAUUAAAUUUUCCCACAAGGACGCCAUAGGACAAUAUUUAUAUGCUUAUAUUCUAUUGUUAAUAAGACCAAUUAUAAGUUGUGCAAUUUAUGGCCGAUCUGUGGAAAAGGUGUGUUUUAUCUCAA